UCCCAGCGCUCACUCUAUCUUUCUGUCUCUCUCUCUGCGCUGCCUGCCUGAAUACAGUCUACAGCGGUGAGUGAUACUGAGUUACCACAGACAGACAGAGAGCAGACUGGCUGGUUGGACCGGCGCGUUUCCGAUACAACACUGCAUCAUUGUUUCAGAGCAGAGGGAAGGCAGACUUCAGCACAGGUACCUACUGGUCUUCACAGAUAGAGGCAGAAAUGUUGGUCAAAUUUGCAAUAGCGUUGCUGGUUUUGUCAGUUUUGGAGCAAGUGGUGGGAUUGGAUAAUAUCGAUGUUCAUGACAACCCGUCAGAGAAACAGACCGGCCAGAAAGGACGUAUGUCUCUGCAGAACACAGCUGAGAUACAGCACUGUCUGGUGAGUGCAGGAGACGUGGGCUGCGGUGUGUUUGAAUGUUUUGAGAACAACUCCUGUGAGAUCAGAGGCCUGCAGGAGAUCUGUCUGACCUUCCUACACAACGCCGGAAAGUUUGACUCCCAGGGUAAAUCGUUCAUCAAGGAUGCUCUGAAGUGCAUGGCCCAUGGCCUGAGACACAAGUUCAGCUGCAUCAGCAGGAAGUGCCUGGCCAUUAAAGAGAUGGUGUUCCAGCUGCAGAGAGAGUGCUACCUCAGACACAACCUGUGUUCUGCAGCCAAGGAGAACGUUGCUGUCAUGGUGGAGAUGAUCCACUUCCAGGACCUCUUCCCUAAAGGGCCAUAUGUGGAGCUGGUCAACAUCCUACUGAGCUGUGGGGAGGAGGUGAAGGAGGCCUUAACCAGGAGCGUCCGGCUGCAGUGUGAGCAGAACUGGGGAGCUCUCUGUAACAGCCUGAGUGUCUGCUCUUCCCUCAACCCUCCUCCCGGCCAGGCCCCCGCCUCCCCCGACCACCGCCGCCACAGGUCCCCCCACUCCGAGCCAGACCACCCCAGAUCCCCGCGACAGGGGGACAAGGACAAGCCCAGUAAAGGUGGCUUCAAUGCCCACCCCCGCAGCCGCAGCCAGGGUCCCCGCCGACUGAGCCCCGAGGUUGGGGUGGUGGCGGAGCAGGAAGACCCUGAGGCCACAGACAUCCGGAGGUGAAAGAGACAUUGGACCCUAACUAUCCUUCCUGACCGUGUCACCAUCACAGCUGCCCC